AUGAAGUCAUUCACUGCUCUCGAAUUCGCGCUUGUCUUCGCAGUGGCUGCUAUAGAUCGUGCUUGGGCUUGGGGGAAUGUCGGGCAUGAAACUAUUGGGUCCGUCUCCAUUCGUUCCUUUAUCAGCUCUGAAACUACUAGCUUCGUCCAAACAUCGCUUGGUUCAACAUACAACGAAUCCCUUGGUGUUGCCGCUACUUGGGCUGACACCGUCAAAUAUGAGACUGCAUACGAGUACUCAAAGCCGUACCACUUCAUCGACGCCGAAGAUUCUCCCUUGAGCGACUCGUGCUCUGUAGAGCUUUCUCGUGAUUGUGGCGAUGAGGGAUGCAUCAUUUCUGCUAUACAGAAUUACACCGAGAGGCUGAUGGAAACGAGCUUGAGCGCCACACAGCGUCAGGAGGCUCUCAAAUUCGUCACACACUUCUUGGGCGACAUCAGCCAACCCUUGCAUGUCGAGAACUAUGAAGUUGGUGGGAACGACAUCGACGCCACCUGCGAUGGGAAAAGCACCAAUCUGCACGCUGUCUGGGAUACCGGAAUGUUGGUGAAGAGCGUCGAUGCAAACUACGAUAACGACGUUCAGACAUAUGCAGCUGAGCUCGUCACGAGGAUUAAGACUGGCGAGUACAAGUCUCUUGCAUCCGGCUGGGUAACCUGCAUCACCGAUUCCGCACUUGAUGGUACUUCUUGCCCGCUCGUAUGGGCUAAGGAAGCUAAUGCCUACGAUUGUUCGACUGUCUUCGACUACACCAAGGGCGACGAUUUGUGCGAGACCUCUUACUACACCACUGCAAUCCCUAUCAUCGACUUGCAACUCGCAAAAUCGGGAUAUCGGUUAGCGAAGUGGCUUGAUACGAUGGCUCUUUGAACGAUGUUGAUGAACUGUAUCAGCGAACUGGACUGGACAGUCUGAUUGUGUAUUUC